UCCCCAAGCUGUCGUAUUCGGGCUGCUUCAUUCGCAAAAAGCUUCGAUUCCAAUUGCGUCGCCUGGACGAGCAUAGAGGGCGAUUUAUUCGCCAUGGGAGAAGCAAUGAUGGGAGAGGUCAAGGCUGCGAAUGACAAGAGUGUGAGGAGUGUAGACCUUAGCGAGCUAUAUGCCGAAAAUGUAGCUGCAAAGAUAGUCCAAGUCGCACAACGAGGCCUCAAACAACGAGCACCACUUCCUACAUACCCGCACACGGUACCCCAAACCGGCCACGAUGCGGGAAAAUACGAGCACCGCGAAGCCGACUUCUGGACCUGCGGUUUCUUCCCCGGCAGCAUCUACGCGCUGCUCGAACGCGCCGUCAAAUACCCGCACGCGAUACAGAUCCCUUCGCACCCUCCGCAACAACUUAGAGAUCACUUGCUGAAGUUAGGCCGGCACUGGUCCGUCGCCAUCAACCAGAUGUCGAGUAGAACAGACACGCACGACAUGGGCUUCAUAGUGCAACCCGCAUUACAGAAAGACUGGGAGCUCACAGGAAACCCAGAGAGUCUUCAAUCCGUCAUAAACGCCGCCUACGCGCUCGCGAGCAGGUGGGAUGACCGGGUGAAGGCGAUUAGGAGCUGGGAUGUUGCGAUCAACGAUCGGUACUCCAUUACAGAUAUGGAGACCAACUUCCUAGUCAUCAUCGACAGCAUGUGCAAUCUCGACCUCCUCUACUACAUCGGCCACAUGCAGCACGACCCUUCCCUAAUUCGCAUCGCAACCCAGCACGCCGACACCAUCAUGACCGAAAUCCUGCGCCCCAACGCCUCCUCCUACCACCUGGUGAACUUCGAUCCCCUUACAGGGAAGGCAAAAGCGCGCAUGACGAACCAAGGGCACGCGGACGAGUCGACCUGGAGCCGCGGGCAAGCAUGGGCGAUCCUAGGUUUCGCGCAGACAUACACAUGGACCAAGGCGACGAAGUAUCUGCACACGGCGAUCCAGUGCGCGCAGUAUUUCCUCGGCCGGCUCGCAGAAUGCGAGGGGAGAUGGCACCACCCGAUGGUCCCGGCGUGGGAUUUCGAUGCUCUGCAUGAGGACCCCCGAGAGCCAUUGCGCGAUGUUUCCGCGGGCGUUAUUGCGGCUAACGGACUCCUGCUUAUCCAUCAGGCAUUGCAGUCGCUAUCCACGUCCACUGUUGCUCAGAUCGCGCGGCCAGAAAUUAAUUUUUUGGACGUGGCGCUGCGAAUCGUGGACCAGACGCUGGAUAUGGCGCUCGAUCGGGACUUUGCUUCGUUCGAGCGUGCGCCGUCGUCAGAUAUGGUGAAUGGCACCAGCAGUGCUGGUGGUGGACAUGGGGAUGUGAGGGUGCGUGAGUCAGGGUUCGAUGCGGUUUUGAGGCAUGCGACGAGUAAUAAGAACGAGCAUGCGCAUCAGAAGUACUGGGAUCAUGGGCUGGUGUAUGCGGAUUAUUACUUGCUGGAAUUUGGGAAUAAGCUGUUGAGGGCGGGGUUGGUUUGAUUUAUCGGGGGGCAAGAAAGACGGCACUGGAGUAUAGAGCAGUAGA